AUGGAACCACGUCCGCCCUGUCGCGCCCACCGGCUGAAUCAGGAGAAUAUACGACAAUCCACACGGGAAGCUAGAACGAACCAGAAAAAAAAGCUGGGGUAUUCAUUCACGGUGUUGGGCUGUACACACUAG